AUGGUUGACUUUGUGGAGGAGCUUCGCGGUAUCAUGUGCUCGAGCUCGCUGGUGAAUGAUCUGGAUAAGAGUGUGUUGGAGAAGUGCGAGUGUGGAUGCAGCUAUGAUCAUUUCAAGGAUUACUGCUGCAACAAGGGGUUUGAAGUGAUUGGGGACGACACUCAGUACAAGCGUUACUUCUCGCAGUGUAAGGAGAAUGCUGAGAAAGUGGGCGAUCAAGACGCAAGGGAAGGACAAGAUUCACAAGCUUUGUAUCGAGGUGAUGGCGAGCUCAGCUCCUCCUGUGCGGAAGCGGAAUGGCUGUCUCGUGAUGUGAUGCGGGCGCGGGGGCGGGUAGAGUGGGACAACCUUCGGCAUCGGAAUCGGGGUCAUUACACCAUCGCCGUUCUCAUCCACACCGACAUGCAUGAACCGCUGCUCGGGGUCUUGAAGGGGUAUGACGUUCUCCGGGAUCAUAUUCACGGUCAUAUUCACGAUGGGGAGUUCGAUAUCUUCAUCGAAAUCAUCAUACUCAUCGGAUUCUUCCAUAUCUUCGUUUUCGGAUGA